GCCAACUGCCAACGCAAUCUUUCUCGGCACUCUUUCUUUCUCCCUAAGAAGAUAGAAAAAAAAUGAGUUCGGAUGCGUCGCGCUCUGUGAACUCAGGCCAAAAAUCGAAGAGAAGCUUCAAUUCGAAUUCGUCUUCACACAACAGUAAUGUUAGUAACAGGAAGAGGAAUAAGAAGAGCAGUAGCCAGAACCAGAAGACCCUAGGAAUGGCUUGGGGAGCCAAUUCUCUCUCAUCCUCUCGCGUAUCUUCCUUUCGAAGCUCUCCUUUCUCUGAUUUCGGCAGUUAUAUGGUGGAGAAAAAUCGGAAGCUUCAGAAUCAGUUUGAUGCUGAGGCUUCAACUUCUUCACGCAGUGGUUCCAGUUCCGAGAAGCCAAUAUUUCAUGGGGUUUCGAUCUUUGUUGACGGUUUUACAGUUCCUUCUAGCCAGGAACUUCGAGGCUAUAUGUUGAAGCAUGGCGGUCGAUUUGAGAAUUACUUUUCGAGACAUCGCGUUACACAUAUUAUCUGCAGCAAUCUUCCUGAUAGUAAAAUUAAAAAUCUCAGAUCCUUCAGUUGUGGUCUUCCAGUUGUAAAGCCUUCUUGGAUUUUGGAAUCAGUCGCUGCAAACAAAGUUUUGAAUUGGCUUCCUUUCCAGCUUGAUCAGAUCUCUGAUGACCAACCAAAGUUGUCAGACUUCUUUGUGCCGAAGAGUUGUUUGAUGUCAAGAGAUGCUUCAAACCAUACAUUUUGUCAUACAAACCUGGAUGUUGAGGAUUCCUCUGUUAAGGGUGGCACUUUAAAAGAUUCAAAUUUACAUGAUGGGGGUGAAUCUACAGAACACACAAGAUGGAUUAGUACAGAAUCUAUUUGUCCUGUACACGAUAAUGCUAUUGUAACAAUGAAUAUGAACCCAAGUGGUGGCAAUAGAAAAUCUUGCGAAGGAAAUAUUUCAGAUUUUAGUUAUUGUGUUGCAGAAGACGAAACUAGUGUAAAAAGCAAUAUUCAAUCUAGUUCCUGCCAGCCUUCUGCUUCAGUAAGCCACUGCUGCUCAGAUAACGAAGCUGCAAAAGGAUCAAUAAGUUCAAGAAUUCUAGACCCUUCUAAUCAGCGUCAUUCAACUACGGGGGACCCAAAUUUUGUGGAAAAUUAUUUCAAGAAUUCAAGGUUGCAUUUUAUUGGAACCUGGAGGCAUCGAUAUCGUAAGCGUUUUCCCAGCCUCACCAAUGGGGUUAAAUGUGCAAGUUCCGAAGCGGGUACUUCUCAUUCUUGGAAGAAUGCCACAAUCCACAUUGAUAUGGACUGUUUCUUUGUAUCAGUUGUCAUCAGGAACCGCCCUGAAUUACAGAACAAGCCUGUCGCUAUUUGCCAUUCAAAUAAUCCAAAAGGAACUGCUGAGAUUUCCUCUGCAAACUAUCCUGCUCGCAGUUAUGGAGUUAGGGCUGGAAUGUUUGUGAGAGAUGCCAAGGCUCUUUGUCCCCAGCUUGUCAUUUUUCCGUACAACUUUGAAGCAUACGAGGAGGUAGCUGAUCGGUUUUAUGAUAUCUUGCAUAAGUAUUGCAACAAAGUGCAGGCAGUUAGCUGUGACGAAGCUUUUUUAGAUUUGACAGACUUGAAAGUGGAGGAUCCGGAGUUCUUAGCUUCUGCAAUAAGGAAAGAGAUCUUUGAAACUACUGGAUGCACUGCCAGCGCUGGGAUAGCUGGAAAUAUGCUCAUGGCCCGCCUUGCCACUAGAGUUGCUAAACCAAAUGGUCAAUGCUACAUCCCACCUGAGAGGGUGGAUGAGCACUUACACCAACUUCCAGUUGAAGCACUUCCAGGAAUAGGGCAUGUUUUACAAGAGAAACUCAAGCAGAGAAACGUUUCGACCUGUGGACAGUUGCGUAUGAUAUCCAAGGAUUCUCUUAAAAAAGACUUUGGAACAAAGACGGGCGAGAUGCUUUGGAAUUAUUGUAGAGGAGUAGAUAAUCGGACUGUUGGAGUGAUUCAGGAAAGCAAGUCUAUAGGUGCUGAAGUUAAUUGGGGUGUGAGGUUCAAGAAUUUGAAAGAUAGUCAGCAUUUUUUGUUAAACCUUUGCAAGGAGGUUUCCCUGCGUUUGCAGGGCUGUGGAGUACAAGGGCGCACACUAACUCUUAAGAUGAAGAAGAGAAGAAAAGAUGCCGAGGAGCCUUCUAAAUAUAUGGGCUGUGGAGAUUGUGAAAACUUGAGCCACUCCAUCACGCUUCCUGAAGCCGUUGAUGAUGUGGAAGUCCUUCAGAGGAUAACAAAGCAGCUUUUUGGUUCUUUCCACAUAGAUGUUAAGGACAUUCGAGGUAUUGGCUUGCAAGUGACGAAGCUUGAAAGUAUCGAGACUUCUAGGCAAGGGUUUGAAAGAAAUUCUUUAAAGUCUUGGCUUAUAUCCGGCUCAGGAUGUAAAGAAGUAGCAACGAAAGAGAGGGUUGACAUAGAUUGUGAAAAAGCACUGGAACGGAGAAUGAAUGGAACCUUAGGGAGAUUAUCCACUGAUCAAAUUGGGACUUCUGCUGAAAUAGAGAAUAAUUCAUCAAAUGAUGGAGAUUGUUUGAACCAGCUUUCUGCUUUGCCACCAUUAAGUCAUCUUGAUAUAGGAGUUAUAGGGACUCUUCCUCCUGAACUCUUUUCAGAGCUAAAUGAAGUCUAUAGUGGAAAAUUAGUCGACUUCAUUGCCAAAAACAAGGGAAAAGGGAAAGAAGUCAGCAAUUCUUUAUGCCCACUUCCACAUGAAGGCGUGGAAGGUCUAAGGAGUAAGGGAGAGGGACCUUCUUUUUCUGACCUGCUCCCCUCAAGACAAAUAUCUCUGGACGAUAAGGUACAGCAAUGUAAAGUUGAGGAACUGCCAAGAGUGCCUGUUUCAGGGUCCUAUAAUGAGGCCAUUUCCACGAUACAUCUUGGAAAAUUUGAUUUAUUGCCGUCAUCCUUAAGUCAAGUAGAUGCAACGGUUUUACAAGAGCUGCCUGAAGAAUUUAAAGUAGACUUACUUCGGAUGCUUCCUGCACAUAGGAGACAAGAACAAAUUUCAGAUGCUGCCUUGUGUCCUCUUACGGGAAACUGUGAGGAACCUUUGAGUAUUGGGUUAACAGAAAGUCCAUCUGAACCAAUAGAUUUCAUUUUGACGAAUGAUCUUUGGAUUGGACACCCUCCACUCUGGGUUGAUAAGUUCAAAUUUUCUAAUUGCUCGGUAUUAAAUACUCUUGCUGAGGUGUAUUACAAAUCAGGGUCGAAUGGGACUUUAUCUCUGGUUUUGCAAAGAACUAUUUCAGAAUCAUUCCAUCUACCAGAUGCAAGUUCUGAGGGCUGGCAUGAUGCUAUCUACAGCUUAUGUGAGCUUAUGAAGCAGUAUAUUAAGCUAAAAACAGAAUCAGAUAUUGAAGAGAUCUACAUAUGCUUUCGUCUUCUUAAAAGGCUUACAAAAAAUUCAAGUUUUUUCUCGCGAGUGUAUGACACUGUCUUCCCCUACCUUCAGGCAUUUGUCAGCGAAUUCUAUGGAGGAAACCUACACAUUUAACUCAAGGAUUAGUGCUUGAACUGUUACAUGUGAUUUUUUUUACGCCAUCCAAGGUGCAGUUUCUGCAUUCUAUGGAGCCAAUCUUUGAGUCUUGCUGUGAAAUUUCAAUAAUAAGUUGUUCAUCAUGCGGCACUCUUAGAAGGAGAGAGAAUUUUACACGCAUUAUAUCAAUAGAUCAUGUCUCCUCAACCCUGCCUCCAUGCCAUAUACUUUCAAGUCUUACAGGUUACAAAUGUAAUUUUGGUUGAGAGGAGAUUGUUGAGAGCUUGGGCUAAUACAAGAGGGGUGAAUUGUACAAGACAACAACUCACCGGUGUUCUACUAGUUGCAGACAAGUGUUGUGUGGCAAUUACAACAUUGAUAGAGAUACCUGGGUACCUAAUACCAAUAGAUCAAAAUUCUCAUCUGGAAGGGCUCUCAAGUUGUCAUCACAAAAACUUCCAUAAUUGGUGGGAAAUGCUCCAUUAAAGAUCAAUUUCCCAAGUGGCUUAGAGCUGCUGCAGAUAAAAAUCGGACAACAGCUACACAAGGGUGGUGGGAUGGUCAAGAGUGGCAUUUGGCUAUUACAUGGAGAAGAGCUCUCCCUCAGAUAGCAGAUAGCAGAUAGGCUGGGUUGGAAGCAAAGUAUAGAUGUGGAACAAUCUCCUGCCUCUCUUCAUCUAGCACUAGAUGCAAAAGUAAAUCAAAUGACCAAUCCGCCUCAAAUAUAAUGAAGUUCUUGUGGAGAGAUGUGGCACCGCCUAAGGUGGAAGUCUCCAUGUGGUUGGUAAUUCAGGAUAAGCUGAACACAAGGGAAGCAGCUAGUAGAAAAGGAAUCCUAUCAGUUAGCCAAUAUAUGUGCAACUCGCAUAUUGAGUCAAGCAACCACUUGCUCAUGCAUUGUACAUCAUCUUGGGGAGUGUCGAUCAAAACAGAACCAAUUUCUCAAGAUUGCACUUGUGAACAGAACAAGGCUUUCAACUGAGAAUUAUGGAAGAUAGGCAUUAUGAGGAAUGAAAAACCGCCAUGAGUGAUGAGUUUUGAGUCUUCUCAGAAGAAUCGGACUUAGAACUUGCAAAGUUACCUUUGUGGAAACGUGCUAUAGAGUGCAAGUGGGUCAAGUUUAAGCAUCUUGAACUUGAUCAAUGUUUUACCGGUGUGAGCACCUUUUAGGUGUUGGGUGGCGACAGUGGUAUGAUGUUACUGAUGAUGGACUUAUUAGGGAAGUUUAAUGUCAGGUGCAAAAUGUUGUAUAUAGCCAUAACUUUAGGGAAGCUUUUCUAAGAGAAACUUUUAGGGAAAUUUUUCGAAGGAAAACUUUAGGGUGUUUUUUUUUUUCCUGAGGAAAACAUUUGGUCAUUGUCCGUCAUAUAAAUAUUCUCAUUGUGAAAAUCAUAAUUGGGGUGAACAAAUUCUUGUAUUCAGAUUCAGUGAGAGUUCAUGAGACUGCUUUGUAGGUAAAAUUUAUCAUUACUGCUCGUGGAUGUAAGAUUGGUCCAAGCAUGAAAAAUUGUUUGUAUUUUGUGUG